AUGGGACAAAACCAAGCUCAUCAAAAUCCUGGCUUGAAAAAAAAGCCCAUUGCUGGUGGGCCAAACCAAGCUCAGCAAAAUCCUGGCCCGAAUAGAAAGCCCAAUGCUGGUGGGCCAAACCAAGCUCAGCAAAAUCCUGGCCUGAAGAGAAGGCCCAAUGCUGGUGGGCCAAACCAAGCUCAGCAAAAUCCUGGCCUGAAAAGAAAGCCCAUUGCUGGUGGGCCAAACCAAGCUCAGAAAAAUCCUGGCCCGAAUAGAAAGCCCAAUGCUGGUGGGCCAAACCAAGCUCAGCAAAAUCCUGCCUGA